CUGAGGAGAUGGCUUCGCUUUCCAACCCAACACCUUCUGGAAAAUUGCUCAAAGAACCUAACAAUGGGGGAAAGACGACUUAUCUAGAUAUGUCUCUAGAUGCUGGACCUUUCUCAGAUGACAUUAUAAUCCUUAAAAAGUUAGAAAGUAAAAACACUGAACCAAAAAGCCAUGGAACACAGAUCCAUAAAGAAAACAACCCAAUUUCAAGACAGCAAGCAAAUGCUCGUAGGCAUCGCUGGCAAAGAGGAUUCUCAAGAUUCAGAGAGAACACUGAGGAAGGAAAUGAUACAAAACCAUACAAAGAACCCUCUGGAUUCAAGCCUGGACAAAGCUCUUUAAACAAGCAGCCUGUAAAUAAGCAGGAGAAGUGCAAUGAAAAUUCUAAGUCCCAAGCAGAGAGGAGUGGAAGCCAGUCAGAGGGGAACCAGCAUCAACUGGAAGGAUCUCAAGGCCAAUCAUCAGAAAAUCAACACCAUUCAGAGAGAUCUCGUGGCCAGUCAGAGAGUUCUUGUAGCCAGUCAGAGAGUUCUCAUGGCCAGUCAGAAAGAUCUCACGGCCAGUGGGAAAGAUCUCGUGGCCAGUCAGAGAGUUCUUGUAGCCAGUCAGAGAGUUCUCAUGGCCAGUCAGAAAGAUCUCACGGCCAGUGGGAAAGAUCUCGUGGCCAGUCAGAGAGUUCUCAUGGCCAGUCAGAGAGCUCUCGAGGCCAAUCCAGCGAUCUCGUGGCCAGUCAGAGAGUUCUCAUGGCCAGUCAGAGAGCUCUCGAGGCCAAUCCGAGCGGUCUCGUGGCCAGUCAGAGAGUUCUAGUGGCCAGUUGGAGAGAUCUUCAGGCCAAUCCGAGAGAUCGCGUGGCCAGUCAGAGAGAUCCAGAUCAAUCGGAGAGAUCGCGUGGCCAGUCCAAGAGUUCUCGUAGCCAGUCCGAGAGUUCUCGUGGCCAGUCCAAGAGUUCUCGUAGCCAGUCCGAGAGUUCUGGUAGCCAGUCGGAGAGUUCCGGUGGUCAGUCGGAGAGUUCCGGUGGCCAGUCGGAGAGUUCUGGUGGCCAGUCGGAGAGUUCCGGUGGCCAGUCGGAGAGUUCCCGUGGCCAGUCGGAGAGAUCCCGUGGCCAGUCGGAGAGAUCCUGGGGCCAACCGGAGAGAUCCCGUGGGCAGUCAGAGAGAUCCUGGGGCCAGUCAGAGAGAUCCCAGGGCCAACCGGAGGGAUCUCGUGGCCAAAUGGAGAGAUUUCGUGGCCAACCGGAAAGAUCUCGUGGCCAACUGGAGAGAGCUCGUGGCCAAUUAGAGAGAGCUCAUGGUCGGUCAGAGAGAGCUCAUGGCUGGUCAGAGAGAGCUCAUGCCCAGACAGAAAGAUCUCGUGGCUACACAGAAAGAUUUCAUGGCUACAGAGAGAGAUCUCUUGGCUACAGAGAGAGAUCUCAUGGUUACACAGAGAGAUCUCAUGGCUACACAGAGAGAUCUCUUGGCUACAGAGAGAGAUCUCAUGGUUACACAGAGAGAUCUCAUGGCUACACAGAGAGAUCUCGUGGCUACACAGAAAGAUCUCAUAGCCAAUUAGAGAGAUCCCGUGGCCACACAGAAAGAUUUCAUAGCCAAUUAGAGAGAUAUCGUGGCCACACUGAGAGAUCUUAUGGUCACUCAGAGAGAUCUCAUGUUCUAUCAGGGAGAUCUUAUGUCCUACCAGUGAGAUCUCAUGUCCCAUUAGAGAGAUCUUAUGUUCCAUCAGGGAGAGCUCAUAUCCUUCCAGGGAGAUCUUAUGUCCCAUCAGGGAGAUCUCAUAUCCUCUCAGGGAGAUUGCACAUCCCUUCAGAGAGAUCUCAUGGCCAAUCAGGGAGAUACCGAAGAUAUCCUCCAGUAGAAAGAUUCAGAACGUCACCCAGAAUUGAGUCUGAUUUUGACAGGUUUUUAAUAAUGAAAAGAAGGAAAGAAUACUUCCAGAAGCAGAUGCAGCAAAGACAUGAUCAAAUGAACAAGAAUCGAAGGAUGUCACCAGAAAAUGACUACAGCUUCCGUGAAAGUGAUCGAAGACGUGAAAGAUACAUGAGAUGUGGGGUUGAAGCUUCUCUCCUAGCAACUAAAAAAACAAUAACCAGGAGUCCUCUGCAGCAGCCUGAAGGAAAAUACCCGAAACUCAACUUUCAAGCAAUUGGUAAUCAGACUAAGCUUUCACUCAAUGAAAGAUUCUCUAAGCUGAAAGCAAAGAAAAUACCAGAAUCAGUUUCCAGUUUUGAAGACAAAAAAAUCCUUUCAUCUUAAAGGUUUGCUGUUAACAGGGAUAUUGUAGUGAAUUAAUGCUAGAGCCUAGACGUAUUCUUUCAGUAUUUAACUUUUUGCUGCUCUUGUUAAUGUGUUUUUUUCUUAAGUAAGCUUUAAUGUGAAUAAUCUGUCCAAAGUGUUUACAUAAAAGAAAAAAUGUUUACUUUGUUUGCAUAAAAAAACAGGAAGAUAAGUAAGAAGUAGGAAAGGUGAUUUGGAAGGAGAGAUGUUAGGAAGACAGCUAUGUUUUCAGAAUGAUGUGUCUUUUCAACAUUAGAGAAUUUGUUUCUUUGGUUUAAUUUACUUGAGCUCUAGAGCCCACAUAUGAAUCCUAAGUAGACUGUCUUUCAACAGUAGAGCAAAAUUAUUGCUAAGUAUCUUUUGUGAUGAAACAGUCUCUGCCUCAAAAGUUAGUAAGACUGAAUUCUACUCUCUAUUAAAAGGACACAUUUGUAUCCAAGCCUUUUCAUUUUUUUUCUAGGAAAUUAUACUUUUGCUUUUGACAUAAACUUGUAAGAAUUUCAAAUUGUUCUCCUGUCAU